GCGUGAAGGGGAGAGAGGAGGGGGGGGGCAAAAAAAAAAAAAAAAAAAAAAAAUUCAGAGGUGGAUGCUCUUUCUCAUAGCAUUAGCCAGUUUUUCUGCUCGCAUUUUCCUUUGACAGGCAUCAAGAGUUGCUUUGAUCCGUUACCCAUAACUUCGUCCCCGGACUAAAAGUUAAGGGGACGUAGAAAGAUGAAUAAUACUACUACGAUCUCCCAUAAUAAUACCUCGGUCCCCCAAAAAUCUACUCGAUCAUCAACCUCUUCGUCCAAAAAUGAUACUUCUCCUCCCUCAGAGAGUCCAUCUCCUCCUCCACCUCCACCGCCCUCGCCAUCGCCGCCGCCCCCAGACCCCCCCAAAACUUCCCCGUCGCCGUCGCCUCCGUCGCCUCCAUCAAAUUCUGACAAGGGAAAUAGCUCUCUUGUCCCACCAUCUCCCGUGCAGUCGAAUUCAUCACAGGCGUCUUCGUCUCCUUCGCCAUUGUCUCCUCCGGAUAAAAGUAACACAGGGAGAGGGGAUUCAAGUUCGCCUUCGGAUACUAAUGAUGGUCAUGAGACGGAGGUGGGAGGACAAUCUGAGUCAAUUUUGGUUAUUGCGGGGAUUGUUGGGGGGAUUGCUACCCUUGUUAUUAUUAUGAUUGUUGUCGCGUGUGUUUGGAAGAAGAAGAAGGGGAAGCCUCACGGUCGUGAUCGGAUGCAGUAUUAUGCAGAUUCGUCGGAGCAGACGGGCAUACAUGUUUCGAAUUUAGGCAAGGAUUCAUAUUAUGUUGGUGGAGUACAAGGCCAAAAAUGUGGUACCCAUGAUAACAACUCUCAACUACCUCAAGCUGGGGCAUGGAAACCACCACCACUCCUAGCAAUACCAAGCAAUGAAUCAGGUUCAGCAUUCUCAGGUCCUCACGACCCUGCACUCCCUCCUCCUUCCCCAAAUCUCGCUCUAGGAUUCAACCAGAGCACUUUCACUUACGAAGAACUCGCAACCGCCACCAAUGGGUUCACUCAGGCCAAUUUAUUAGGCCAAGGUGGUUUUGGAUAUGUUCACAAAGGAGUUUUACCUAAUGGUAAAGAGAUUGCGGUUAAGUCUCUUAAGUCAGGGAGUGGACAAGGGGAGAGAGAGUUUCAGGCUGAGGUGGAUAUUAUUAGUAGAGUUCAUCAUCGACAUUUGGUUUCUCUUGUUGGGUAUUGUAUUUCUGGGGCUAAGAGGUUGUUGGUGUAUGAUUUUGUGCCAAACAAAACUCUUGAGUAUCAUUUACAUGGAAAGGGGAUUCCAACAAUGACCUGGCCUACAAGACUCAAGAUUGCAUUAGGGGCAGCCAAAGGCCUGGCUUACUUGCACGAAGACUGUCACCCUCGUAUUAUCCAUCGGGAUAUCAAGUCUCCCAACAUCCUCAUAGAUUUAAAGUUUGAAGCCAUGGUUGCAGACUUUGGACUGGCAAAGCUAUCUUCAGACAACAACACUCAUGUUUCAACUCGUGUAAUGGGAACUUUUGGGUAUCUAGCUCCAGAAUAUGCUUCUAGUGGAAAACUAACACAGAAAUCUGAUGUUUUCUCAUAUGGGGUGAUGCUUCUGGAGCUAAUAACUGGUCAGCGACCAUCCGAUGCUUCACAGUCAUUCAUGGAAGAUAGUCUAGUGGACUGGGCAAGGCCAGUUCUAUCACAUGCAUUAUCUGAUGGAAACUAUGAUGAAUUGGUGGAUCCAAAUCUAGAGGGAAACUACGAACCAAUGGAGAUGGCUCGAAUGGUGGCCUGUGCUGCUGCAGCUGUUCGCCAUUCUGCAAAGAAGCGUCCUAAAAUGAGCCAGAUUGUUCGAGCACUUGAUGGUGAUUUAUCACUCGAAGAGCUGAACGAGGGAGUUAGGCCGGGGCAAAGCAUGGUAUUUAGUUCAGGUUCUGACUAUGAUUCAGAUCUUUAUAUGCAAAACCCAAGGAGAAAUAUGAGAAAGCCCUCAAUACCUAAUACUGAGUUUAAUGGAGAAUGCAAUGAACAAAUUGGUGACUUUCGACAUCGUGGUGCUGGUAGCUCAAGCGGAGAAGUGAUAGGAAAAGUUGGAGUUUAGGAAUUCAUCUGUAAAGUUUGUAACAUAGAGGGUUUUUUCAUCCUUUUUUCUUCUUUUAUACAUGUUAAUUAUUACCAAAAUAUAGAAAUAUUAAUACAGAGUCAAAAAUUGGCUGA